CACAUACUUCUGUAAACCACCUUGCGUAUGAAGUAUGGCGGCCUCAGCGAUAAACUAGCACUUGGACAAAGUUUAUGGUUCAGAUUUACCCCAAAGAGACAUGAAUACGUACGAAACUCCAGGGUUUGGUAACGAGCAGCCAGGCGAACGUCACCAUUGUAAAGCAACUGCUGUAGAAGUUUGUAGAGUUGUGUUUGUGGAGUUUUUUAAAAGUCCGUGCGCUUCUUGAGUGAAGUGUCUGAAGAGACCAAACUCCGACCAAACUCCGCAAAGGCUGACGCGGAAGUUUGGAGAAGACUGUUUUAAAAGAGCUGCUUUGUCCCUGCAGCGGGAGACUUGUGUUAUAAACGUUUAUUUCAGCUGAUGGAGCGAAUCCAGGAGUGUUGAUUGAGCCCAAACCCGCCUGGUGCAGCUCAAAGUGCACAGAUUAGCUCCAUGGCUACUUUAAGCGUUAGCCUGAGGUCGGCGGCUAACCAACGCUCCCCACGAUUUAAAGAUGCAUUUGAAGUUCCUUUUUGUGACCUUUGAUAACACGUCAUUUAAAUUAUUUUGAUGAAUAACUCAAGUAUACCUGAGUGCCCCGGAUCUGCCUCGGUUACUCACAAACCGCACUGUGGACGCGGGUGGACAUUUCUCCUUUUCUCUUCUCUGCCAAAACACCCAUAUUUUGGGCAUUAAACCGCACCGUCCAGCUUGGAGAGUCCCGGCUGCGGCCUGGCAUACUGCCCUUAUGGGGCAGCAGCCGGGAAAAUUUGCAGGGGACCAGAGGAGACCCAGUCUGCCAGCUUUCAUCAAAGGUGGAAAGAAGGAGUCAUCACGCCAUGGGAGCCAGCCCUGUAAUGUUUUUGCAGUACAUGAAGCUCUCCAGAAACCAGACUUUGAAGGCCAGGGUCUGACUGAAGCGGCUCGCUGGAACUCCAAAGAGAACCUUUUGGCCGGCCCCAGCGAGAAUGACCCCAACCUGUUUGUUGCACUCUAUGAUUUUGUGGCCAGCGGUGACAACACACUCAGCAUUACUAAAGGAGAGAAGCUUCGUGUGCUGGGAUAUAAUCACAAUGGCGAGUGGUGUGAGGCUCAGACCAAGAACGGCCAGGGGUGGGUCCCGUCCAAUUACAUCACUCCAGUCAACAGUCUGGAGAAGCACAGCUGGUACCACGGCCCAGUCUCACGAAACGCUGCAGAAUAUCUGCUCAGCUCCGGCAUCAACGGGAGCUUCCUGGUGCGAGAGAGCGAGAGCAGCCCAGGCCAGCGCUCCAUCUCUCUGCGAUAUGAGGGAAGGGUUUACCACUACAGGAUCAACACCGCCUCUGACGGCAAGCUGUACGUAUCAUCGGAGAGCCGCUUCAACACACUGGCAGAGUUGGUCCACCAUCACUCCACGGUCGCUGACGGACUCAUAACGACGCUACAUUACCCCGCACCGAAGCGCAACAAGCCAACCAUCUACGGGGUCUCUCCCAACUACGACAAAUGGGAGAUAGAACGCACCGACAUCACCAUGAAGCACAAACUGGGCGGGGGGCAGUACGGAGAGGUGUACGAGGGCGUUUGGAAGAAGUACAAUCUCACUGUGGCCGUCAAAACACUAAAGGAGGACACGAUGGAAGUAGAAGAGUUUCUCAAAGAAGCAGCUGUCAUGAAGGAAAUCAAACAUCCAAAUCUGGUGCAACUCCUCGGUGUGUGCACAAGAGAGCCCCCCUUUUACAUAAUAACGGAGUUCAUGACUCAUGGAAAUCUGUUGGAUUAUCUAAGAGAAUGCAACAGGGAAGAGGUCAACGCCGUGGUGCUGCUUCACAUGGCCACGCAGAUCUCCUCAGCAAUGGAAUACCUGGAAAAAAAGAACUUUAUUCACAGAGACUUGGCUGCUCGUAAUUGUCUUGUAGGUGAGAAUCAUCUGGUUAAAGUGGCAGAUUUUGGUCUGAGCAGGUUGAUGACUGGAGACACGUACACGGCUCAUGCUGGAGCCAAGUUCCCGAUCAAGUGGACUGCGCCUGAAAGUCUGGCUUAUAACAAGUUCUCCAUUAAGUCUGAUGUGUGGGCAUUUGGUGUGUUGUUGUGGGAAAUAGCAACCUAUGGCAUGUCCCCUUAUCCCGGCAUUGACUUGUCUCAAGUCUAUGAGCUGCUUGAGAAGGAUUAUAGAAUGGACCGACCAGAAGGUUGCCCUGAAAAAGUCUACGAGCUGAUGAGAGACUGUUGGAGAUGGAAUCCAUCUGAGCGACCAACUUUUGCUGAAGCUCACCAAGCCUUUGAAACUAUGUUUCAGGAAUCCAGCAUCUCUGAUGAGGUUGAAAAAGAGCUGGAGAAAAAGGGUAAGAAGGUCACACUGGGGUCCAUCCAACAGGCUCCAGAGCUGCCCACAAAAACACGAACACUCCGUAAAAACAUGGACAGGGAUGAAAAUCCUGAUUUAUUGGAGCAAGAAGGAGUUGUCUCCUCACCUAUGCUCCCCAGAAAAGAGCGCCCUUUCCUGGACAGUAACUUAAAUGAGGAUGACCGAUUGUUACCAAAGGACAAAGAUAAGACCCGGAGCAGUGGCUUUCUCAGCCUCAUUAAGAAGAAGAAGAAGAACGCUCCAGCGCCGCCAAAAAGAAGCUCGUCUUUCAGAGAGGAUGUUCACCCAGAGCGCAGGGGGCUCACUGUAGACGCCACUGACAACGGUGCACCUCAGGACAACGCACACAACCUGGACUCAAAGUUUCAGGGUCUGGCCAACAAUGGAGCAGUGGGCGUCACUAAUGGGGCCCCGACCUAUCCUGGACCUGCUUUUCCUAGAAAGAAGUAUGUCCCAACAAUGUUGGGGUCAGGGUCCAAAAUAGCUACUACCCCCCCUAAUGAAGAGGAGCUGACAAACUCGAAGCGUUUUCUGUGGUCGUCAAGCAUUCCUGUUGGAGCAGACAGCUCUGAGUGGAGAUCAAUGACUCUUCCACGAGACCUUGGUCACCGCAGCAUUCACUCGAGCUCUGCGAGGCCCGCUUUACCGCUCAAAAGAGCAAGUGAGCAAAAAGGGGAAGCCACCCCUCGCCUAGGGACUCUGACUCCACCCCCCCGUUUGCCUAAAAAGGCAGAGGAAGCACCUGAAGACUUUUGUAAAGACACUGAAAAGACACCCAGUCCAGGGUCAAGUCCCCAGGCCUUAACGCCUAAGCUGGUCCGAAGACCAGGGACUGGAGCUGAGAACUCUAAAACCUUCGCUCUCCAGGCUGAGCUGCUUAAGCCAAACGUGUUCCCAGCUUUAGGGGCGGCUGGUGACGAAUGCAGGGCCCGCAGAAACAAGUUUCCAAAACCCAAACCAGCUCCACCUCCACCUCCUACCAACCCCAAAAAAGUCUCCCGCAGUCCCACACAAGAGCUGCCCUCUCCGUCAGACAUGAAAGGCAAAGGCCCCUCUGUGUCUGAACCCCAACACACAACCACUGCCACUGAGCAGCCCCGCUCUCCCAUUGGUGAUGGCUCCAAGAAGCUGCCCCUAAGCUCCAGCACAAAACCUCAACCAAUGAAGACCUCCUCCUCCUCUAACUCUGUGACAUCUUCUCUUUCCAGCCAGAGCCUCGGAGGCUUCUCCUCUUCACUCAUCUCCCCUGGGGAACAGACUUCAGCCACUGCUUUCAUCCCUUUAGUGAACACCCGGCGCUCCCUGCGUAAGACUGCACCGCGUUCUUCCUCAGAGCGCACUCCUAAUUCAGCUGUGACGCGUGAAAUGGUUCUAGAGGGCACAGAGUUACUGCGUGUGGCCAUAAGCCGCAACUCGGAGCAGACGGGGAGUCACAGUGCUGUGUUAGAAGCUGGCAAAAAUCUGUCCAAAUAUUGUAUGAGUUAUGUUGACUCUAUACAGCAGAUGAGGAACAAGUUUGCUUUUCGUGAGGCCAUCAACAAGUUGGAGAGCAGCCUUCGAGAGCUGCAGAUUUGUCCUACGUCGUCAGGGGGCGCUAAUGCACAGCAGGACUUCAGCAAACUUCUCUCUUCUGUCAAAGAGAUCAGUGACAUCGUUCAGAGGUAGCGCCGCAAACUAAACAUCCAGACUUGCCUUGUUUGUGAACAGUGGUCUAUGGCAGGGUACAGGCUGCUCGGCAGCAGUUAACACGUGUAGCUUUGCUUCUACAUUAUGUGCUGAAACGCUAAAGCCUGUGGUAACAAAAGAGAUAAUAUGGAAAGCCCAAAACUUCAACACAGUAUUUUGUGGCUCAAUACAUUUCCAGGAGAUGUUGCUGAACAUUUUUUUCAGCAAUAUUUUUUACAAUUUAUUUGUUUAGACAGUAGUUUUUUUUACUCCAAAACCAUUAUGCAUUUAAAGCAGAUGAUGUCUGUUUGAAAUCAGAGGUAAAUUUAAGUAUUAUUCUCUGUGCCUGUCAUAUCUAAGAAAGUGAAUCAUGAAUUUGACACUUUACAGUGAACAUUGUAAGGUGUAAUUGUUUGAGGAAUGAAUGCUUUAUUAGUGUUACCAACAGUGCCAGAACACUAUUAGCAGGUCUAUAUCACUGUGCCUUCACUCGUGCAUUUAAAACCUUUUUUGUAGAAAGGUCAAGUGUGCCACAACAAAUGUGUUAUUACCAAAAACAUGUCUCCGGAGCGGAGAGGGACCAGGGUGUAUUCCUAUGCUGUUUAUAUUUUGAGUUUGAGUUCGCUUUCUUCACGUGCCAGUCUCUAAAGCCAUCAUCCGCGAGGGUUUAGUCUUAACAAAUUGCUAAUUUUCUAGAGCAGAUUUUGCUUUAGUGACUGAACAGCCACUUUACCUGAGUGUUUAUUCUUUUAGUCACACAUUGACAAUGGCCUUUUCUUCCCAGCAUAAAGGGUUCAGGUGAAAACACUGGACUAAGAUGUUUGCUCAUCUGUCGUACUCGAUCACUUUGAAUGGAGAGCUCAGUUAGACUCUAAACGUCCUCUGGGUUAUGACUCUGUGGUACUGGUCAUUUCUGCUCUCGACAGAUUCAGUCCUCUGCCGUACUUCAACAUGGUACAUUCUGCGCUUGCCAUCUGUAAUUUUCCCUUUUCCAGCCAUACCACUCUGAGUUUGUACGCUGCCUCACUUAUGUAAAGAAAUGUCUUUGUAAAUAUGUUUGUUUGCUCCUCAAGUUCGGUGCAAUUUUUGUUGCAAUAAAAUAAAUGUUACUUGAAAAUCA